GACUUCUCUGUUUGUGAUUUCACACGUUUUUGCGUAGAACAUACACUGCAUGUACUCUUAAUGGGCCAUAUCCCAUGAUUCGGCUACGCGAUUAUCGAUUCUCCAGUCAUGUGUCGUGUGUCUUCCUUCCUCCAUCGGUUAGGCCAAGGCCUUGACUUAGGUUUAGUUCCCCAUCGUCCCCAUCAAAUUUCCCAUCAUCUCCAGUCGUUGACCACACCCUUUCCAUCGCCUCACACAGUCUACUCCACCACCCGGCCUUCCACCCCCAUGGCUAUUCCUAAGGGACGUGUUGGCUACAGCAUCAUUGGAGAUAGGUCUGCAGAGUUCUACAAGAAUCCCAUUGCAUUUGUCAACUGCCGUAUUGAGGAGUAUGGUUCAAGGGUGUUCUUAUCACGCCUGCUCAAUAAGCCUACCGUUUUCAUUGGAACAGUCAGCGGAGUCAAGGAACUCACAGGAGAAAAAAGUGUUCAUUUUGACAUGGGAUACCGAGCCUUCUUACAGCCAAUGUUUGGAGAUAACAUUAUGUUUGAGGUACCCAUCGAGGCAGCUCGGCUACACAAGGUGAUUCAUUCUAUAUAUGGUGCUCAAACAAUACCCAGCAUUCAAAAUCUCAUCCAGAAACUCACCAAGAAACACUUCAGCUCACUCCACAAAAGUCAGUGUGUCAGCGUAUACAAUGUCUUCAAGCGGUUUGCAACAGAACUAUCCUUGGCUCUGUUCCUGGGUCUGGAUGCAGAUGAACACCCAGAGAUUACAGAAAGUAUCAUUGCACUCACCACCACACAUUGGCAUGGGAUCAUCUCCGUGCCUUUAAGUGUAAGGGUCUCCAUGUUUACAUCAGCGUACAGUAGAGCUCUAGAGGCCAAGGAAAAGCUGUUAGAAAUUAUCCGGGAGAAGUUGGAACAUGUCCAAGAUGGUUCUCUCUUGCAACAGAUGACUCAGGCAGGAUUUCAGACGGAAGCAGAGAUGGAACAACACAUGUUGCUCUUCACAUCAGCUCUUGUACCAAAAGCUCUCGCUUCUAUGAUGACAUCAUUCCUGCUAGCUAUAGCAGGUCCAGACAAGAAAUCCUCAAGAGAACGAGCGAGUGGCGAUAAUGAAUAUCUGCAACAUAUUCUCCUUGAGGUAGAGAGGCUAUGGCCACCACUUCUAGGAGGAAGGAGACUUGCCAUCAAGGACUGUGUGAUUGAUGGCUACAAAGUUCCGAAGGGUCAUGCAGUGGUAUACAUUACCCAUGCAGCUCACAGGGAUCCUACUGUCUUUUCUCAUCCUGAGAUGUUCAGACCAGAACGAUGGGCGGAGAGGGGACUAGACAAAAGUGUUCUGUUCACAUAUGGUGGUGGAGCUCGGUCCUGUGUUGGCACUGCACUCAUGAAGACCAGCAUAGAGACUGUUUGCAAGUAUCUUGUGGACCACUAUGACUGGAGCAUUCCUGCUGGUCAAGACCUCUCCUAUAAGUGGCUGCCUGUCUCUAGACCCAAGGAGAAACCUGUGGCUUCCUUCAAACGAAGAACUUCAUUGGAGGAACUGACAACGAAGGUUAACUUUGAGAUUCAAUCCUGAAGGUAAAAAUGUAUCAUCAGCAGGACUUAGAUGGCAUAGUUCUUGAUGUGGAAAUAAAAUUUAUCCAACUUAAGUAUAGGUUACAGGUGUUUCUACAUCUGCUAGACUAAUUUUGACACCAACAAAGUAUAGUGUCUGAGUUAAAGUUGCUGACCAUAGGACUUCCAGCAAUCCAUUUUAUCCUGUCUCUUGAUACAGGGUUUGGUUUGUAGAAGUGACAGCAGCAAAUUAAAUUUGGAGAGAGUAAGUAUGUUAUUUAAGUGACCACUUCAGACACUUGAAGUCACUCUACGCAGCCAAGCCAAAAUAUGAAUAUCAAAUACAUUUACUCAGUUGUCUUUCAAGCCCAUGGAAAAAUUUAAUUUACUUGCCAUUACACAGGCAUGUUUGAAAUUCAGGUUUGCAUGCAAGUUUUUUUGGCUGUAAAUGUAAAUAUUGGUGAAAAAAUGGUGUACAUGUACUUAACUUUUAGAAAGGUUGGUAAAUAUUUUUGAGUUGUAGAAUAUCCAUGGUAUUGUACAUGUAAUGUUUUCAUAUUUGUGUUGGUCUUUCUAAAAGCUCAUUCCCUAGACUGAACAUAUUUGCCUGUCCAAUUAUUGAAGCUCAAUUUCUUAUUAAACGACUCAAACGAAUGAACCCAACAAAAUUUUGGGAUGAAAAUAUGAGAAAAUUAGUUUUGUCUUGCUUUGAAAACAUCAAUUCUUAAUGGGCAGUUUUCAGUGUUCAUAUUUUGAUUUACACAACCAUUUCUUAUUGUUGAUGAUGAUGUGAGUACUUUUGAUGUUUUUAUAUGACAAACUAUUUUUUAUUGUCUUACUAAAACUCAACUGUAACUAUGUAGAGGAACUGUUUAAUUUAUUUAUAAGAAGAUAUGUGAAUUUAUUUUGUCAAUGAAUUUGAAGCACAAGAAAUACUGUAUAAUUAUAAUGUUUAAAUUCACUUCGCAAGUGAGCUUACCAAACUCACUGACCUCUUGAAGUAAAAAAAUGUAAUUUUAUUUCAUAGUAAGUACAUGUUUAUGUAGUAUUGCACAAAAACACACUUCAGAGUUGAGUUUAAAACAGUAUUUACUAGCAUUCUUGCACAAAAACACACUUCAGAAUUGAGUUUAAAACACAGUAUUUCCUAGCAUUCUUGCACAAAAACACACUUCAGAAUUGAGUUUAAACAGACAUAUAUUCUCAGGGAGUAAUUUUUAAUUUGUACACAGUUGUACUAGUAACUUGUUACUGACUUUGAAUUAAAACACAGCAGCUCAACUA